AUGAAACGAGAGCUGUCUCCCGAUAUUAAAUCCAUUUUAAAAGAAAAUGAUAUCUGUGUUAAUUCGAAACAAAAGUUGAAGAAAAUUCGUAAUUUGAUGAAAUAUCCUCCUCCUAUGACAGAAGCGCAUCGCACAGCCCUUAAUUCCUCUUUGCACAGUGUAACUUUGGAUUUCAUCGAUAGCUUGGAAGUUGAACGCCGUCUCAACUUCGCUCGGUCAAUAUGUGUAGGUCUCGAAUCCCGCAUUCCAGACUCGAUUGGAACCGCUUGUAAGACUUCUCAACGAAGAGAACUUGAGGUGUCUUCUGUUGUGGAUCCCUACGAUAGGGGUUUCUUCUCUGCACUUCCUGAAAUCUUUGAUGUUCUUUGUACUGCUCAUAUGGAAGAGAAGCGCUUAGACGAGGACUUACCAAAAUUUCUGGACAUUCGCAAAACCUCAGUUUCCAAGGGCUUUUCCAUAGUCAUCGAAGAUUUGGAGCAUACUUGCUUCUGCAUCACUGUGGGUAAUCCUCAUGGCCAGGAUUUCGCGGCUUUAAUUAGGACUUACUUGUCAAUUGAUGACCGGGCCAAACAUCUGAUGACCUUGUUGUUGAAGUUUAUCCAGCUGGCCUCUAUAGAAGAUCUCCCCAAACCAGCGCUUUAUGUUUUGGUCAUAUUCUUUCUUCAACGAACACAUCCUCCUGUUCUGCCAAAUUUGCACGAAAUCUCCUGUCAGCAUCGUGACACUCUUUCCGUCGCCUCCAUUGAGACGGUUAAGACGGAAGGAGGGGAUUCUUCCUACCUGAAGGAUCUAUCUGUGCUACCUCAGUUCUUUUCUUUGGGCCGAAAUUCUAUGACGGUUGCGGACAUGUGGUUGAAGUUCUUGCGGUUUUAUGUAUUCGAAUUUCAAUCCCAAUCCUGCAUCGUCUCGAUAACCCAUUCUGGGCCGAUUCCUAGAUCGUCUCGAAAGUGUAAUUUAUUGGGGCUAUGGGUGGAACACCCAUUUUCCCCUAGUACGCCGCUGACAAAAAACCUCUCACGUCCUGUGGAGAAAUUCAUUCGAGACCAAUUAUUAGCGGCUUACUGCUAUUUUGCCAUUCCUCGUCUCGCCAAAACCGGUCGUCCGGUAUUCGUCAACGUGCUAGUGCAUACGAUCCAGCCUCCUAGAGAACAAGCUAUAAAAUCUCCAAAAUCGAUUUCGCUGAAUUUUAUCUCUUCUACUGAUCUGGGGCAUCAUCUGAAUAAGUUCAGCAAUUUGCGUUUCGCCCAGGUCACUUCUCUAUUUACGGCCUAUGUUGACAAUGCAUUGGUCUCCCAAGCGUCGUCGGAGGUAACUAUUUCCGCAAGUACUGAAGCCACUGUUGAGGACAAAACUCUUGGUCUUGGAGACGUUCUCAUGGAGACGCUUCGGUUAGCAUACGGUGAGAUCUGCCCAGCUGAUUCUGUCGCAAGUAUCCAGCGUUCCUGUCACAAGAGGGCGAGUCGUUAUUUACGCGGCGGUGGUUUUGGCAUCAGGUUAACCUCAUCACAGGCAAUAGAAUUUUUUCGUGCCUAUUGCAGAAAUCUGUGGCAGCAUGUUCAGUGUAAAUAUCAAAAUGGUUCUAACCAUGCAAUGGAAGGCCAACUAGCUCGUAUAGGUGAACGGAUUCUAACUAUGACUGUUCGUGGUAUGUUCUACGUACUACGGAAGUCUCCUCCAGCACCAAAUUGUAACACCGAAGGUGAAGGUAUGGGACUAGAUAUCUCACAGAGCCCCGAUAAAUUGUCCCCUGUAAUGAGUAAAAGGGAACCUUCUUGCUCAGAAGAUGGCGAAGGAGACGUGAGUAGAGGAUUCCAGGAGGCGGAUGUUGGGCAAGGGGAUAAGUCGACCUACAUUUCUGACGAUCCAGAGUUAAGUACUAGAAAUGUCGAACCAAUUGGCAAUGUUCUAAAUGAUGUUUGCAACAUUGAGGAGGUAGAAUUGGCGGAAAAAAUGAUGAAUGCUCGUCGAGAUUGCAUCGGAGGCGAUGGACUAAAUGGUGCCUCGGGUGAUCCCUGGAGCAAGUAUAUAAAAAUGGAUACCGAUAUUGUCAUAUUUCAAGAUUCGAAUAAACCGGGUUAUUAUAGUUCUACUGAGUUGAACCUCUUGAAGUCGGAGGACUUGUCAUUUUCAUUCACCGUUCGCCCAUCUUACGGCGCGGCUUCAUACUCCCCUAUACUUGGUUCCGAUGCUUCUGACCAACCUUCUUCUAUGAUUGCACACCCAUGGCACUGUAACAGCUCCUGUGCGGCCGAGCCUCAUGACUCAGUAAGUAUGUCUCUCUGGAAAAAGUUGGAGAGUAAAGUACCUCGAAUAUCAAAUCAAACGCAUCUCCAUGAUCUCUCCGAUUGCCUCAUUCAGCUAUCUCGAUUCCACUCUUCCCAAGAAAUAAUGAGUUUCCGUCAAGUGGUCGUUACUAAUUUGAAUAAACUGUUUCGUGCCGUGUAUCCCGACGUCUCAUUGAAGUUGUUUGGUUCUUGUGCCAACGGGUUUGAGACAUCAACUAGCGAUAUGGACAUUUGCAUUGUUUUCCCUCCAGACAGUCCUCAAGCCUCUUCAUUGUUAGAUGAUGCAGAACGGCUGAAGCUGCUCAAGACCUUCAGGCGAUUGCUGGGUAAAGGUUCACGGAACUUAGGGAUCUCAAACAUCCGACCCGUUUACUUCGCCAAAGUCCCUAUCAUCAAAUUUACCAUCUCAGAUUGUUUUGAAGUUGAUCUGAGCUUUUCUAACUUCCUGGCGAUCAACAACACGGAAAUGCUUAAUUUCUACAAUCGUAUCGAUUCACGUCUUCGAGUGUUGAAUAUUGCAUUAAAAAUCGUUCUUAAGGUCGGUUUACUUUGGGUCAUUUCCUUGUUUUUUCCCUCUUCUCUUUAUCGGUUUAGUGGCAUUCCUUUGCAGGCUUGCAAAGUUCCGAAGUCUGAUGCUGGAGGAAUUUCCUCGUAUGCCUUUGCUAUUAUGCUCAUCCAUUACCUCCAACAAAAGGAUUUUUUGCCCGUUUUGCAAGAGGCAAGUUCCCCUCUUCGUUCAUCAUACCACCUCUACGAAGGUAACGAAAAACCCGUAAUCAGUGUCGGCAGAUGGAACGUAUGGUACCAAAGUGAUAUGGAAAUGGUUCAUAAACUCUGGAAGCCGCCUGAAGAGGAUGUCUCCGUAGCCGACCUGUGGUUUGGCUUUCUUCGGUACUACUUGUUUGAGUUUGAUAGGGAGCGUUAUGUCGUCACUAUUAAACAAAAAAGUCGGUUGGAUCGCCUGGGGAAAUUAUGGGAGUCUCUCCUUGCUGUCGAGGGUAGGCCUGACUCAUUUGUAACUGCUCUGGCUGGUAUCUUGCUUAAUGCAUUGUUCUUCCUGACCCAUUAUUACGUAUUUAAUUGGCUGACCAUACUCUUCCAAUUAUAUGGGCCUUUUAUUCCACUUUUUCUCUUCAAUUCCAACAUCAAGCGUGCAUUUAGCUAUUUUUUUUCUCCUUCAGACCCCUUUAAUCUGCAUCAUAAUUUGACAAACUAUGUUGGUCGGAAAGUACUUAGCCAUGUUUUGAAUUCACUUUACAACACUCUUUUACACCACACUACGUUCGUCAGAGACCAAUUGACACCCAAUCAAUGGAAGUUCUACCUCUUCUCUGAAGAGAAACUGAAUCCUAAUAAUCAGCUUAAAGUGAUUAAAAAGAGCGAGCGUAAGGAUAGGCCUUCCAACGGUGUUCAGACGUCACAAGCGAAUUUAACACCUGCUUUGCAUUCUGCUGAAAUCAAUGGUGUCUUAACUCCUUCCAAUGCGGUACUCAGUCGUCGCCCUCGUAAGUCUGAGCCAUUCACUUUGGAUAAAGGAAGCGAUUGGUUCAUAUUUAUUCCUCGCCUUCCCGGAGGCGGACGUCUUCCUGCAAACGGUACCGGUGUCAAUCGUGCUGCUGCGAACUUAUCUGCUCCGUCGAAUCGUGCCCGCACGUCCAAUCAUCAGCAACAGUACCGAAGAUCUCAACAUGUGGUCUCGGCACCGUUUCGAGGUGGUACUGUCGGCCACCGUGGUGCUGGCGCUGGAGUCUAUUUUGCUAGAGGAGCCGAAAAUCGUAGUGGGAUACACCGAUCUCGUGGCCGCGGUCAACGCAGAAAUGCCUAA